GUGUCUUUUUUUGUGCCCUAUGUUGUUGCCGUAUGACGUGACGUCACAUUCAAGCGACAAGCAACGAUGGGUCAGAGUCAGAGUGGAGGCCACGGUCCAGGAGGAGGCAAGAAGGAUGACAAGGAUAAGAAGAAGAAGUAUGAACCUCCCAUUCCCACCAGAGUGGGAAAGAAGAAGAAGAAGACAAAGGGGCCCGAUGCUGCUAGCAAACUUCCACUUGUCACACCUCACACUCAGUGCCGUUUGAAGCUGCUGAAGCAGGAACGGAUCAAAGACUACCUGCUGAUGGAGGAGGAGUUCAUCAGGAACCAGGAGCAGAUGAAGCCCCUAGAAGAGAAACAGGAGGAGGAAAGGUCAAAGGUGGACGACCUGCGAGGAACCCCCAUGUCAGUGGGCACUCUGGAAGAAAUCAUAGACGACAACCACGCCAUUGUUUCCACCUCGGUGGGAUCAGAGCAUUACGUCAGCAUCCUGUCCUUCGUGGACAAAGAUCUGCUGGAGCCAGGCUGCUCUGUUCUGCUCAACCACAAGGUUCACGCUGUGAUUGGGGUACUGAUGGAUGACACCGACCCCUUAGUUACAGUAAUGAAAGUGGAAAAAGCUCCCCAAGAAACCUACGCUGAUAUAGGCGGACUGGACAAUCAGAUCCAGGAGAUUAAGGAGUCUGUGGAGUUGCCGCUCACUCAUCCUGAAUACUACGAGGAGAUGGGCAUUAAGCCUCCCAAAGGUGUCAUCUUGUACGGAGCGCCCGGCACAGGGAAGACUCUGCUGGCUAAGGCGGUGGCCAACCAGACGUCUGCCACAUUCCUGCGCGUGGUGGGUUCAGAGCUGAUCCAGAAGUACCUCGGAGACGGACCCAAGCUUGUGCGAGAGCUCUUCAGGGUCGCGGAGGAGCACGCUCCAUCCAUCGUCUUCAUCGACGAGAUCGACGCCAUCGGCACCAAGAGGUACGACUCCAAUUCAGGCGGCGAAAGGGAGAUCCAGAGGACCAUGCUGGAGUUGCUCAACCAGCUGGACGGCUUCGACUCGCGGGGCGACGUGAAAGUGAUCAUGGCCACCAACCGGAUAGAAACGCUGGACCCGGCCCUCAUCCGACCCGGGAGAAUCGACCGGAAGAUCGAGUUUCCUCUGCCGGACGAGAAGACCAAGAGAAGAAUCUUCCAGAUCCACACCAGCCGAAUGACGGUGGCAGACGACGUCACCCUGGAUGACCUGAUCAUGGCUAAAGACGACUUAUCAGGAGCAGACAUUAAGGCCAUCUGCACCGAAGCCGGCCUCAUGGCGCUGCGAGAGCGCCGCAUGAAAGUCACCAACGAGGACUUCAAGAAGUCCAAGGAGAACGUCCUGUACAAGAAGCAGGAAGGGACACCAGAGGGCCUUUACCUUUAACGCUCAAACCUUUUUGUUUUUUUUUUGUUUGUUUUUCCCACCCCACCCCUUUUCCAUUUAUCAGAGUGCGGAAGAGUGACAGCAGCUGAAUCGUCUCCUCAGCGAGAGCUCGGAUAGAGUUUGUGCACGUCAUGUUUUGCUCCAUCCCACUUCCCUGUUACCGUUGUGUUAAAACAGUUAAUAAAAGUGAUAAACAGAA